AUGAAACGAAUUAUCCAUUCCUCGAAAGUUCCGGCUAUUUCUGCUCCAUUGAGCCAAGCGACUGCCACUGAGAACUUGAUUUUUGUCUCUGGUCAACUUGGGCGCGAUGAAACUGGGAAGCUUCCCGAUUGCAUUGAAAAGCAAACAGAAUGGUGUCUAAAGCAUAUGGAAUCUAUUCUGAGCGAGGCUGGGGCUACUAUGGCUGAUGUUUUGAAAACCACCGUGCUCCUAUCAAACAUUACUGAUACUCCUGCGAUGAACAGGGCAUAUGCCAAAUUCUUCCAAAGAGAUCCACCAGCCCGAGCUGCCUAUCAGGUCGCGAAAUUGCCAAUGGGCGCCCUAGUUGAAAUCGAAGCCGUGGCCGUCUUGCCGAAAAAGGGCAAACUU